GAUCGCAACCGUCACGCGGCGAUUGUUUGUUUUUUUAAAUCGGAGAAAAGAAAGCUCCGGUGGAGAGUUGUUUGGGGGAUUCGGAAAUCGGAGAAGAUGAGUAACCAGAAGAAGAGGAAUUUCCAGAUAGAGGCGUUUAAGCACAGAGUGGUGGUGGAUCCGAAAUACGCCGAGAAGACCUGGAAGGUUCUCGAGCAUGCAAUCUGUGAGAUUUACAAUCACAAUGCUAGUGGCCUCAGCUUUGAAGAGCUUUACAGAAAUGCCUACAAUAUGGUGCUACACAAAUACGGUGAGAAGCUGUACACGGGGCUGGUUAAAACGAUGACUUCUCAUCUCAAAGAGAUAUCGAAGUGUAUUGAAGCGGCUCAAGGAGGGAUGUUUCUGGAGGAGAUGAAUAAGUUAUGGACGGAUCACAACAAGGCGUUGCAAAUGAUUCGAGAUAUAUUGAUGUACAUGGACAGGACUUACAUUCCGAGUACACAGAAGACACCUGUUCAUGAGCUUGGGCUGAAUCUUUGGAGAGAUAACAUUAUUCACUCCAGCAAGAUCCAGAUGAGGCUUCAAAACACACUUCUUGAACUAGUACUUAGAGAACGGACUGGUGAAGUUAUCAACCGGGGGUUGAUGAGGAAUAUAAUUAAGAUGCUGAUGGAGUUGGGGCCUUCAGUUUACCAGGAGGACUUUGAGAAUCCUUUUCUUGAGGUUUCAGCCGAAUUUUACAAGGGUGAAUCUCAGAAAUUUAUUGAGUGCUGUGAUUGUGGGGAUUAUCUGAAGAAGGCUGAGAGGCGCCUGAAUGAGGAAUUGGAGAGGGUGACGCAUUACUUGGAUGCAAAGAGUGAGGUCAAGAUUACUAAUGUGGUGGAGAAGGAGAUGAUUGCAAACCACAUGCUGCGACUAGUCCACAUGGAUAAUUCAGGCUUGGUGAACAUGCUUCUAGAUGAUAAGUACGAAGAUCUUGGAAGAAUGUACAACCUGUUUCGUCGGGUUUGCAAUGGUCUCUCAACAAUACGAGAAGUGAUGACUUCUCACAUCAGGGAAACUGGUAAACAGCUGGUUACUGAUCCAGAAAGGUUGAAGGAUCCAGUGGAGUUUGUGCAGAGGCUCUUGGAUGAGAAAGAUAAGUAUGAUAGCAUCAUUAAAUUGUCGUUUAACAAUGACAAGACAUUCCAGAAUGGUUUGAAUUCCUCUUUCGAGUAUUUCAUUAAUCUAAAUACUCGUUCACCUGAGUUCAUUUCACUGUUUGUUGAUGAUAAACUCCGCAAAGGGUUGAAGGGGGUCAGUGAGGAGGAUGUAGAAGUUAUUCUUGACAAGGUGAUGAUGUUGUUCCGUUACUUGCAGGAGAAAGAUGUGUUUGAGAAAUAUUAUAAACAGCAUUUGGCAAAGAGGCUUCUGUCUGGUAAAACUGUCUCUGAUGAUGCAGAGAGAAGUUUAAUAGUCAAGCUGAAGACAGAAUGUGGGUACCAAUUUACUUCAAAAUUAGAGGGUAUGUUCACAGAUAUGAAAACAUCCCAGGAUACGAUGCAAGGGUUUUAUGGAAGCCAUCCUGAGUUAGGGGAAGGGCCUACAUUGACAGUACAGGUUCUGACAACAGGGUCCUGGCCCACUCAACCGAGUGUGACAUGCAAUCUUCCAGCAGAAAUGUCAGCGCUCUGUGAGAAAUUCCGCUCUUAUUACCUGGGAACGCAUACAGGUCGGAGAUUGUCUUGGCAGACAAACAUGGGUACAGCAGAUAUAAAGGCUACCUUUGGGAAGGGCCAGAAGCAUGAGUUGAAUGUUUCCACCUACCAGAUGUGUGUCCUAAUGCUAUUUAACAAUGCUGAUAGACUUAACUAUAAGGAGAUUGAGCAGGCCACCGAGAUUCCAGCUAUAGAUUUGAAGAGGUGUCUGCAAUCCAUGGCCUGCGUGAAGGGAAAGAAUGUUCUUCGGAAAGAGCCUAUGAGUAAAGACAUUUGUGAGGAUGACACUUUUCUUGUCAAUGACAAGUUCACAAGCAAGCUGUAUAAGGUGAAGAUAGGAACCGUGGUUGCACAGAAAGAAUCAGAACCCGAAAAGCAAGAGACUCGUCAGAGAGUGGAAGAGGACAGGAAGCCCCAGAUUGAAGCUGCGAUAGUGAGAAUCAUGAAGUCAAGGAGGACUCUGGAUCAUAACAAUGUAAUAUCUGAGGUUACGAAGCAGCUGCAAUCACGAUUCCUAGCCAACCCAACAGAGAUUAAGAAACGCAUAGAGUCCCUUAUUGAGCGAGAGUUCUUGGAAAGGGACAGUACAGACAGAAAAUUGUAUCGGUAUCUUGCAUAGAGAAUUUGUUUGAUUUUCAUAGCACUGGUAUCUUAAAUUGUACCUUGAUUAGGUUAUGUAAUAUUGUUGUCUGCAAUGUCUAUUGAUUUUCAUGAAUAUCAAUUUGUUGCUAGUUUCAC